CUCGCCUCGGGUGUAGGGAUUGCAUAGAAAGGCAAAACCACACAGUCUUGACUGUGUGGUUUUGUUUUGAGGGUUAGAGGCUCACUGAUUCAUGUAGGAGAUGGUUGGGAAACCCAACUCUACAUAGGACGUCGUUUCAGAAGCAACCUUGGGCUUAGUCCCACCCUUUUUAGGCACUCUUGAGAAUUCAGAGUGCCUAAAAAGAUGACCACUCAAGCACCGACGUUUACGCAGCCGUUACAAAGCGUUGUGGUACUGGAGGGUAGUACCGCAACCUUUGAGGCUCACGUUAGUGGUUCCCCAGUUCCUGAGGUGAGCUGGUUUCGGGAUGGCCAGGUGAUUUCAACUUCCACUCUGCCCGGCGUGCAGAUCUCCUUUAGCGAUGGCCGCGCUAAACUGACGAUCCCCGCCGUGACUAAAGCCAACAGUGGACGAUACUCCCUGAGAGCCACCAACGGGUCUGGACAAGCGACUAGUACUGCUGAGCUUCUUGUGACAGCGGAGACAGCGCCACCCAACUUCGCUCAACGGCUGCAAAGCAUGACUGUGAGACAGGGGAGCCAAGUACAGCUCCAAGUGAGAGUGACUGGAAUCCCUACACCUGUGGUGAAGUUCUACCGGGACGGAGCCGAAAUCCAGAGCUCCCUUGAUUUCCAAAUUUCUCAAGAAGGUGACCUCUACAGCUUACUGAUUGCAGAAGCAUAUCCUGAAGACUCCGGGACCUAUUCCGUAAAUGCCACCAACAGCGUUGGAAGAGCCACUUCCACCGCAGAAUUGCUGGUUCAAGGGGAAGAAGUAGUACCCGCUAAAAAGACAAAGACAAUCGUUUCGACUGCUCAGAUUUCAGAAACAAGACAAACCCGGAUUGAAAAGAAAAUUGAAGCCCACUUUGAUGCCAGAUCAAUUGCAACAGUUGAGAUGGUUAUAGAUGGUGCCACCGGACAGCUGCCACACAAGACACCUCCCAGGAUACCCCCCAAACCCAAGUCAAGAUCUCCAACGCCACCUUCCAUUGCUGCCAAGGCACAGCUGGCCCGACAGCAGUCCCCAUCACCAAUAAGACACUCCCCGUCGCCGGUCAGACACGUGCGGGCGCCGACCCCAUCGCCGGUCAGGUCUGUGUCCCCAGCAGGGAGGAUCUCCACUUCCCCUAUCAGAUCUGUGAAGUCACCACUGCUCAUCCGCAAGACUCAGACAACUGCCAUGGCCACAGGCCCUGAGGUGCCUCCGCCUUGGAAGCAAGAGGGCUAUGUGGCCUCCUCAACUGAGGCUGAGAUGAGAGAAACGACAAUGACAAGCUCGACCCAGAUCCGAAGAGAAGAACGAUGGGAAGGGAGAUACGGUGUCCAAGAGCAAGUGACCAUCAGUGGAGCGGCAGGCGCUGCAGCCAGCGUGUCAGCCAGCUCUUCAUUCACAGCAGGAGCUGUCGCUAUGGGGACUAAAGAGGUGAAACAGGAGGCAGACAAGAGCGCAGCUGUGGCAACUGUUGUUGCUGCCGUUGAUAUGGCCAGAGUGAGAGAACCAGGCAUCAGUGCUGUAGAGCAAACUGCUCAGAGGACAACCACGACUGCUGUGCACAUACAAGCUGCUCAAGAACAGAUGAAAAAAGAGGCAGAAAAGACUGCAGUAACCAAGGCUGUAGUUGCCGCCGAUAAAGCCAAGGAACAGGAAUUAAAAUCAAGAACCAGAGAAGUGAUUACAGCAAAACAGGAGCAGACGCACAUAACUCAGGAGCAGAUAAGAAAAGAAACUGAAAAAGCAUUUGUACCAAAGGUAGUGAUCUCCGCAACCAAAGCCAAAGAGCAAGAAACUAGAAUCACAGGAGAAAUGACCCUGAAACAAGAGCAAAAGCAAAUAACUCAAGAAACAAUAAGACAGGAAGCGGAGAAAAUUGCUGCAUCCAUGGUGGUGGUUGCUACAGCCACGUCCACAAAACUAGAUACAGCCGUGGGCCUUCAAGAAGAAACUGCCAUACAGCAAGGUCAAAUGCACCUCGCUCACGAACAGAUGAUGAAGGAAACUAGGAAAACAGUGGUACCCAAAGUCAUAGUUGCCACACCCAAGAUGAAAGAGCAAGAUUUAGUAUCAAGAACUAGAGAAGCCAUCACUACCAAAAGAGAUCAAGUCCAAAUAACUCAGGAGAAGAUGAAAAAGGAAGCUGAAAAAACUGCCUUGUCUACAAUAGCAGUUGCUACUGCUAAAGCCAAAGAACAAGAAACAGUUCUGAGAUCUAGAGAAGCCAUGGCAACUAGACAAGAACACAUCCAAGUUACCCAUGGAAAGGUCGGCGUUGGGAAAAAGGCAGAAGCCGUGGCUACCGUUGUAGCUGCUGUGGACCAGGCCCGGGUGCGAGAACCUAGAGAGCCCGCACAUACAGAGGAAUCCUACACCCAGCAGACCACGUUAGAGUAUGGUUACAAGGAACACAUCUCUGCCACGAAAGUGCCCGAGCAGCCCCAGCGCCCAGCCUCCGAACCCCACAUCCACGUUGUCCCCAAAGCAGUCAAGCCUGUCGUGAUUCAGGCUCCUUCUGAGACUCAUAUCAAAACUACUGACCAAAUGGGAAUGCACGUAUCAUCACAGGUCAAGAAAACUACAGAUGUAUCAACCGAAAGAUUGGUCCAUGUGGAUAAACGCCCCCGCACAGCAAGCCCGCACUUUACCGUUUCAAAAAUUACUGUCCCUAAGACAGAACACGGAUAUGAGGCAUCGAUAGCUGGUACCGCUAUCGCCACGUUACAAAAGGAGUUGUCCGCCACGUCUUCUACUCAGAAGAUCACCAAAUCGGUGAAGGCACCCACCGUGAAGCCUGGAGAGACGAGAGUGAGGGCUGAGCCCACCCCUUCGCCACAGUUCCCCUUCGCCGACAUGCCGGCGCCAGAUACUUACAAGAGUCAAGCUGGCAUUGAGGUGAAAAAGGAAGUUGGGGUGAGCAUCACUGGCAGCACGCUUCGUGAGGAACACUUCGAAGUACUGCGUGGCCGUGACGCCAAGGUAACAGAAGCAGCCCGCGUGCCUGCACCUGCUGAAAUCCCUGUUACUCCGCCCACCUUAGUCUCGGGCUUAAAAAAUGUGACUGUCAUAGAAGGUGAAUCUGUCACCUUGGAGUGCCACAUCUCUGGAUACCCAUCUCCCAAAGUGACAUGGUACAGAGAAGACUACCAAAUCGAGAGUUCCAUUGAUUUCCAGAUAACCUUCCAUAGUGGAAUCGCUCGUCUCAUGAUCCGCGAAGCCUUUGCGGAAGACAGUGGACGGUUCACAUGCAGUGCCGUGAACGAGGCUGGGACCGUCAGCACGUCCUGCUAUCUUGCUGUGCAAGUGUCAGAAGAGUUUGAGAAGGAAACAACUCUGAUGGAGAAAUUUGCCACAGAAGAGAGACGCUUUGUCGAGUCACGGGACGUGGUCAUGACGGACACCAGCAUCACGGAGGAGCAGGCAGGGCCUGGAGAGCCUGCUGCGCCUUUUUUCAUAACAAAGCCAGUGGUCCAGAAACUGGUGGAAGGUGGGAGCGUCGUGUUUGAAUGCCAGAUCGGUGGCAACCCAAAGCCCCAUGUCUACUGGAAAAAGUCUGGCGUCCCUCUCACUACUGGAUACAGAUACAAAGUGAGCUAUAACAAACAAACUGGAGAGUGCAGGCUGGUGAUUUCUAUGACGUUUGCGGACGAUGCUGGAGAGUACACCAUCGUCAUUCGUAAUAAGCACGGGGAAACUUCGGCGUCUGCCUCCUUACUCGAGGAAGCUGAUUACGAGGUUCUGGUGAAGUCCCAGCAGGAAAUGCUUUACCAGACACAAAUGAGUACAUUUAUUCAAGAACCCAAAGUGGGAGAAAUAGCUCCUGGAUUUGCAUAUUCUGACUAUGAAAAAGAGUAUGAAAAGGAACAGGCCUUAAUUAGGAAGAAAAUGGCCAAAGACACUGUGAUGGUCAGAACUUUUGUGGAAGACCAAGAAUUCCAUAUUUCUUCCUUUGAAGAGAGGCUUAUUAAAGAAAUAGAAUACAGAAUCAUAAAGACUACAUUGGAAGAGCUUCUUGAGGAAGAUGGCGAAGAAAGGAUGGCAGUUGACAUUUCAGAAUCUGAAGCUAUUGAGUCAGGAUUUGAUAUAAGAAUAAAAAAUUAUAGAAUUCUUGAGGGGAUGGGUGUCACUUUUCAUUGCAAGAUGUCUGGAUACCCAUUACCCAAGAUUGCAUGGUACAAAGAUGGCAAGCGCAUCAGACAAGGGGAAAGAUACCAAAUGGACUUCCUACAGGAUGGCAGAGCCAGUCUGCGUAUUCCUGUUGUCCUCCCAGAAGAUGAGGGCAUCUAUACCGCAUUCGCCAGCAAUAUUAAAGGAAAUGCAAUUUGCUCAGGGAAGUUAUAUGUGGAGCCUGCUGCACCGUUCAGCGCGCCAACUUACAUGCCCACACCAGAAGCAGUCAGCAGAAUCAGGUCUGUCUCUCCACGUUCAGUGAGCAGGUCACCCAUACGCAUGUCUCCUGCGAUGUCCCCUGCACGAAUGUCCCCCGCACGGAUGUCACCUGCGCGAAUGUCCCCUGGACGCAGACUGGAGGAAACAGAUGAAUCACAACUGGAGAGACUGUAUAAGCCAGUCUUUGUGUUAAAACCUGCGUCUUUCAAAUGCUUAGAAGGACAGACUGCCAGAUUUGACUUAAAGGUUGUGGGUAGACCCAUGCCAGAAACAUUCUGGUUUCACAAUGGAGAGCAAAUUGUCAACGAUUAUACACACAAAGUUGUCAUUAAAGAAGACGGAACCCAGUCGCUGAUUAUUGUUCCCGCGUCACCCAGUGACUCUGGAGAAUGGACCGUGGUUGCCCAAAACAGAGCAGGAAAAUCUACAAUAUCUGUGACUUUGACUGUGGAAGCGGUGGAACACCAGCUCAAACCAGCAUUUGUGGAAAAACUGAAAAAUGUCAACAUAAAGGAAGGUGCCAGGCUUGAAAUGAAAGUCAGAGCUACGGGUAACCCCAACCCUGACAUUGUGUGGCUGAAAAACAGUGACAUUAUUGUGCCUCAUAAGUACCCGAGGAUCAGGAUUGAAGGAACCAAAGGAGAAGCUGCCCUGAAGAUCGAUUCCACCAUCAGCCAAGAUUCUGCCUGGUAUACCGCCACUGCUAUUAAUAAGGCAGGCCGGGACACCACAAGGUGCAAAGUCAAUGUUGAGGUUGAGUUUGCCGAACCCGAACCGGAAAGAAAAUUGAUCAUCCCACGAGGGACGUACAAAGCAAAGGAGAUUGCUGCCCCUGAACUGGAGCCCCUCCAUCUGAGAUAUGGCCAAGAGCAGUGGGAAGAGGGGGACCUCUACGACAAGGAGAAACAGCAGAAACCGUUUUUCAAGAAGAAACUCAGUUCCCUCAGGCUGAAGCGCUUUGGACCUGCCCACUUUGAAUGCAGACUCACGCCGAUUGGUGACCCCACAAUGGUGGUCGAGUGGCUCCAUGACGGAAAGCCACUGGAGGCGGCCAACAGGCUGCGUAUGAUUAAUGAAUUCGGAUACUGCAGCCUUGAUUACGGAGUUGCCUAUUCUCGAGACAGUGGUGUGAUCACUUGCAGAGCCACUAACAAAUACGGGACCGAUCACACGUCUGCCACACUUAUUGUCAAAGAUGAGAAAGGUCUAGUGGAAGAGUCUCAGUUACCUGAGGGGAAGAAAGGCUUACAGAAAAUUGAAGAGCUAGAGAGGAUGGCUCACGAAGGCGCCCUCACAGGUGUGACCGCAGAUCAGAAGGAAAAGCAAAAGCCAGACAUCGUCUUGUUCCCAGAGCCAGUGAGAGUGCUCGAAGGCGAGACAGCCCGAUUCCGCUGCCGAGUCACCGGCUAUCCUCAGCCCAAGGUCAACUGGUACCUCAAUGGACAGCUCAUCCGCAAGAGCAAACGAUUCAGAGUUCGCUAUGAUGGGAUUCAUUAUCUGGAUAUUGUGGACUGCAAAUCCUACGAUACAGGUGAAGUCAGGGUCACGGCAGAAAACCCUGAAGGCAUGAUAGAGCAUAAAGUAAAACUUGAGAUCCAGCAGAGGGAGGAUUUCAGAUCCGUCCUCAGGCGAGCUCCUGAACCAAAGCCAGAGUUCCACAUCCAUGAACCAGGGAAGCUUCAGUUUGAAGUGCAAAAAGUGGACAGACCCGUCGACAGCAGCGAAACCAAAGAAGUGGUAAGACUAAAGAGGGCGGAGAGGAUCACCCAUGAGAAGGUGCCCGAGGAGUCCGAAGAACUGCGCAGUAAGUUUAAGCGCAGGACAGAGGAGGGGUACUACGAGGCUAUCACGGCCGUGGAGCUCAAGUCUCGCAAGAAGGAUGAAUCUUAUGAAGAACUCCUCAAGAAAACCAAAGAUGAGCUGCUACACUGGACCAAAGAAUUAACCGAAGAGGAGAAGAAAGCCCUCGCCGAAGAAGGCAAAAUCACUAUUCCAACUUUCAAACCCGAGAGGAUUGAACUUAGCCCUAGCAUGGAGGCACCCAAAAUCUUUGAACGAAUCCAAAGCCAGACAGUUGGCCAAGGAUCUGACGCCCACUUUAGAGUCAGAGUUGUGGGAAAACCAGACCCAGAAUGUGAGUGGUACAGAAACGGUGUGAAAAUUGAGCGAUCUGACCGCAUCUACUGGUACUGGCCAGAAGACAAUGUGUGUGAGCUAGUCAUAAGGGAUGUGACUGCAGAGGACUCUGCCAGCAUCAUGGUAAAGGCCAUCAACAUAGCUGGGGAAACGUCAAGCCAUGCGUUCUUACUUGUCCAAGCCAAGCAAUUGAUCACUUUCACACAAGAAUUGCAAGAUGUUGUUGCUAAAGAAAAGGAUACCAUGGCAACAUUUGAAUGUGAAACUUCAGAACCAUUUGUCAAAGUAAAAUGGUAUAAAGAUGGCGUUGAAAUUCAUGCAGGAGAUAAGUAUAGGAUGCACUCUGACCGAAAGGUUCACUUCCUGUCCGUGCUGACCAUUGACACAUCCGAUGCCGAAGACUACAGCUGUGUACUUGUGGAAGACGAAAAUGUCAGAACAACAGCCAAACUUAUUGUGGAAGGUGCAGUUGUUGAGUUCCUGAAAGAACUUCAAGACAUAGAAGUUCCAGAGUCAUCCUCAGGAGAGCUAGAGUGUAUUAUUUCCCCAGAAAACAUAGAAGGCAAAUGGUAUCACAAUGAUGUGGAGCUAAAGUCCAAUGGCAAAUACUCCAUCACAUCCCGCCGUGGGCGCCAGAACCUCACAGUCAAGGAUGUAACCAAAGAGGACCAGGGCGAGUACAGCUUCGUGGUUGAUGGGAAGAAGACAACCUGUCAACUGAAGAUGAAACCCCGGCCUAUUGCGAUUCUCCAAGGACUUAGUGAUCAAAAGGUCUGCGAGGGCGACAUUGUUCAGCUUGAAGUCAAAGUCUCCCUAGAAAAUGUGGAAGGCGUCUGGAUGAAAGAUGGCCAAGAAGUCCAGCAAGGCGACAGGGUUCACAUUGUAAUAGACAAACAGUCCCACAUGCUGCUUAUUGAAGACAUGACCAAAGAGGAUGCUGGGAACUACUCCUUCACUCUCCCUGCCCUCGGACUGUCUACCAGUGGGCAUGUCUCUGUCUACAGUGUGGAUGUGAUAACGCCUCUGAAAGAUGUCAGUGUGAUAGAAGGUACCAAGGCUGUGCUGGAAUGCAAGGUCUCAGUCCCUGAUGUGACUUCUGUUAAAUGGUACCUCAAUGAUGAGCAAAUCAAGCCUGAUGACCGCGUACAAUCCAUUGUCAAAGGCACCAAACAAAGACUUGUGAUUAACCGAACUCACGCUUCUGAUGAAGGACCUUACAAGCUGAUGGUCGGCAGAGUGGAAACUAGCUGUAACCUCUCUGUAGAGAAAAUUAAAAUCAUCAGAGGUCUCCGUGACCUGACAUGCACAGAAACUCAAAAUGUGGUCUUGGAGGUUGAGCUGUCCCAUUCAGGAAUUGAUGUCUUAUGGAAUUUUAAGGGCAAAGAAAUUAGGCCCAGUUCUAAAUAUAAAAUUGAAGCUCACGGGAAAAUAUACAAACUGACAGUCCUGAAUAUGAUGAAGGAUGAUGAAGGAGAAUAUGCAUUUUUUGCCGGAGAAAACACAACGUCUGGAAAACUUACCGUGGCAGGGGGUGCCAUCUCCAAGCCGCUCACAGACCAGACUGUAGCUGAGUCCCAGGAAGCUGUGUUUGAGUGUGAAGUUGCCAACCCUGAGUCUGAGGGGGAGUGGCUGAAGGAUGGAAAACCCUUGGCUCUGAGCACCAACUUCAGAAGUGAAUCUGAUGGCCACAAAAGGAAACUUGUUAUUGUCGCUGCCAAGCUGGACGAUGUUGGAGAAUACACCUACAAGGUCGCCACUUCCAAAACAUCUGCCAAGCUGAAAGUAGAAGCUGUCAAAAUUAAGAAGACUCUGCGGAACCUCACGGUGACAGAGACACAGGAUGCUGUCUUCUCCGUUGAACUUACACACCCAGACGUUAAAGGUGUCCAGUGGAUCAAAAACGGAGUCAUCUUGGAUUCCAGUGACAAGUAUGAGAUCUCAGUCAAAGGCACACUGUAUUCUCUGAAGAUUAAAAACUGCACCCUGGCAGAUGAAUCUGUCUAUGGCUUCAAACUGGGAAAACUAGGAGCCAGCGCCCGGCUGCACGUCGAAACUGUCAAGAUUAUUAAAAAGCCGAAGGACGUGACUGCCCUGGAAAACGCUACCGUCGCCUUUGAAGUCAGCGUGUCCCACGACACAGUCCCGGUAAAAUGGUUCCAUAAGAAUGUGGAGAUUAAGCCGAGUGACAAGCACAGACUGGUCUCCGAGAGGAAGGUCCACAAGCUGAUGCUGCAGAACAUCUCCCCGUCUGACGCUGGGGAAUACACGGCCGUGGUGGGGCAGCUGGAAUGCAAAGCCAAGCUGUUUGUAGAAACACUGCACAUCACGAAGACUAUGAAAAACAUUGAAGUUCCCGAAACCAAAGCGGCCUCCUUUGAGUGUGAGGUGUCCCACUUCAACGUUCCUUCCAUGUGGCUGAAGAACGGUGUGGAAAUUGAAAUGAGCGAAAAGUUCAAGAUCGUCGUGCAGGGGAAGCUCCACCAGCUGAUCAUCAUGAACACCAGCACCGAGGACUCGGCAGAAUACACUUUUGUUUGCGGCAAUGACCAAGUCAGUGCUACCCUGACAGUGACCCCUAUCAUGAUAACGUCCAUGCUGAAAGACAUCAACGCUGAAGAAAAAGAUACCAUAACUUUUGAGGUGACGGUAAACUAUGAAGGCAUUUCUUACAAAUGGUUAAAGAACGGUGUGGAAAUCAAAUCAACGGACCGGUGCCAGAUGCGAACCAAGAAGCUCACCCACUCACUGAACAUCAGGAAUGUGCACUUUGGAGACGCUGCCGACUACACGUUUGUGGCUGGAAAAGCCACGUCCACAGCCACGCUUUACGUUGAAGCUCGUCACAUCGAAUUUAGGAAACACAUUAAGGACAUUAAGGUUCUGGAGAAGAAACGCGCCAUGUUUGAGUGUGAAGUUUCUGAACCCGACAUUACUGUUCAGUGGAUGAAGGAUGGCCAAGAGCUUCAGAUGGCAGACAGGAUAAAGAUUCAGAAGGAGAAAUACGUCCACCGCCUCCUGAUCCCAUCCGCACGGAUGUCCGAUGCUGGGAAGUACACAGUGGUGGCAGGUGGCAACAUGUCAACCGCUAACCUCUUUGUAGAGGGCAGGGACGUCCGCAUCCGAAGUAUUAAGAAGGAGGUUCAGGUCAUUGAGAAGCAGCGUGCCGUGGUGGAGUUUGAGGUCAACGAAGAUGAUGUUGAUGCCCACUGGUAUAAAGACGGCAUUGAAAUCAAUUUCCAAGUUCAAGAGAGACACCAGUAUGUGGUGGAGAGAAGGAUUCACCGGAUGUUCAUAUCUGAGACCAGACAUAGCGACGCAGGCGAAUACACCUUUGUGGCCGGAAGGAACAGGAGUUCUGUGACUCUCUACGUCAGUGCUCCUGAACCACCCCAAGUCCUGCAGGAGCUCCAGCCCGUCACCGUGCAGUCCGGCAAGCCCGCUCGCUUCUGCGCGGUGAUAUCAGGCAGACCACAGCCCAAAAUUUCCUGGUACAAGGAGGACCAGCUGCUUUCCACCGGCUUCAAGUGCAAGUUCCUCCACGAUGGGCAGGAGUACACGCUGUUGCUCAUUGAGGCCUUCCCGGAGGAUGCGGCUGUCUAUACCUGUGAAGCCAAGAAUGACUAUGGAGUAGCCACGACCUCGGCUUCUCUUUCUGUGGAAGUUCCAGAAGUUGUGUCUCCAGAUCAGGAAAUGCCAGUUUACCCCCCUGCCAUCAUCACUCCUCUUCAGGACACGGUCACGUCGGAGGGGCGGCCAGCACGUUUCCAGUGCCGAGUCUCGGGAACAGAUCUGAAGGUGUCUUGGUACUGCAGAGACAAGAAAAUCAAGCCGUCUCGCUUCUUCAGGAUGACACAGUUUGAAGACACCUACCAGUUGGAGAUCGCCGAGGCUUAUCCAGAGGACGAAGGAACCUACGCUUUCGUCGCUAAUAAUUCUGUGGGCCAAGUGUCCAGCACCGCCACCCUGCGGCUAGAAGCCCCUGAAUCCAUUUUACAUGAGAGGAUUGAUCAGCAGAUUGAAAUGGAGAUGAAAGAAGAACUCUCUGAGGGAGAAGCUGAACCUGCCAGAGACAUGCGCAGUGCCUUCUCCGACUCUGAAGACGUAGAGCAACACUCCCUGAUGGCAAGGAGAUACGCAAGCAGAAUGUCGUCCACGAGCUCCUGGCCCGAAUGCUUCAAGCCUACUUUUACUCAGAAACUUGCAUUUCAAUAUGUUGUAGAGGGUGAACCUGUUGUGUUUACAUGCAGACUGAUUGCCUGUCCAACUCCAGAAAUGACUUGGUUUCAUAAUAACAGACCCAUCCCCACAGGUCUCCGUCGGGUUAUAAGCACUGAGAAUCAUGUCCACCAACAUUCUUCCAGCUUAGAAGUGAAGAGGGUCCAAGGCCGAGAUUCUGGGAGUUACAGGCUCUUGGCGGUUAACAGUGAGGGGUCCGCUGAGACCAGUGCGUCGCUGCACGUUAUUCAGAAAGGGCAGGAUGGGCGGUACUUAGAAUUUCUGAAAAGGGCAGAACAGACCUGGGAAGACGCGGGGGCUCUAGGUGAGAGGAGAGAAGACAGGAUCAAAGUUGACCUGAGGUUUACUGGCUCCCCUUUUAACAAAAAACAAGCGGUGGAACAAAAGGGAAUGAUGAGAACCAUCCACUUUAAAGCAGUGAGCCCUGGCAGGAAAGUGGACUAUGUGUAUGACGAGGAGCGGUCAGAGAGUAAAUCGGAUGUCGGAGGUUGGCUUAACGUAGGCCAAAGUUUCCUCGAUGAGGAGACCAAAGUCAAGUUGCAGCGUUUGCGAGAGGCUAGAAAAAUCUUCUUAGAGAAAAAGAAAUUAUCUCUUUUAGAUUCAUCAUCUGAAAUAAACUUAAAGGCCGUGAGAGGUGAGGAUGUUGUUAGGGACUCUCCAUUUGCUAGUGAGGAAGUGAAGAGGAGAUUGGUGUGUGACUUUGUUGAAGACAGGGGUAGGGUCCAUAACUCAGCUGAGAGAAUCAGCCCAAAUCCAUACUCCCUUCCUAAUCAAAUACACCAAAAUAGAGAGCCCCUUCCAAGUGUCCAAGCGACUGAUGAUGAAGACAUUCUCCAGACUGAAAGUUAUGUGAGUCAAGAGACAUUUCUAGAAGAAAGCCUACCAGAAGGCUGUUUUGGUGAGUAUGGCCUUGUAAGUGAAAACACACAAGCAAGGGGUCGAUUUGAAGAAGCCACCAACAGCGCUGUAAUCGGAGCGUCAACAGUCACCCCUGACCAGGAAAUAGACGAAUAUGAGGGCGAGGGGAGCGGAGAGGCUCCCGAAAGGGUGCCUGGAGUUCUCGCGCCAUAUUCCAGCGAGUCUUUGGCUACACCUGUAGCUGUUAAAGAAACCAAAGUUGUAGAUGGUGAUGGAGGAACACCGAAGGGCUGGAGAGAAGGACAGUGGUCCCCCACAAACGUGGAAGCAUUCAAAACUGAGCAGGAGGAGAGAACAAGAGCUUUGGAAAAUUACUUUCAAAGGCAUCCACCACGCUGCCCACCCUCAUUUCUUCAGGAUAUUGAAUCUCAAGAAGUCUACGAGGGGGAUAGCUGUAAAUUUGUAUGUCAUUUUCAAGGGUACCCUCAGCCCAUAGUGACGUGGUACAUCAAUGAGAUGCCAAUACCACGGAGUCAAGGCUUCACCACUCAUACGUUUGAGAACUACUCAACGUUAACCUUUCCUUCUGUUCAGCCACGACACGGAGGCUCGGUUACCUGUGUGCUGUUUAACCAGUACGGAACAGUAAAAGCGACAGGUGUGCUUAGCGUGCGGGCAAAGCGGAAGUCGGAGUCCCAGCCUCAUAAGUUCCCAGCGUGGCCUGACUAUGCAGAUGAAGAAGAAGAGCUAGCACUGGCGUUUGACCAGGCAAGAAGUACCCAUGCGUCUUUCAGUCAAGAGGGCCAAGGACAUCUUUAUAUGUCAAAAACUCAACCCCCAGAGCUCCCCUCUGCAGACACAGAGAUGCUCUCCUUCCCUGUAGAGAUUCAGAUAACUUCAGCCACCCCAACCCCAGAACAGGACCAAGAAAACAGGGAGCUGUUUGAAUUGGAACCCGAAGCAAUACCUCGAGAUCAAAUCAGCCAGUCACCAAAACACAAGUUUAUCUUCUCCUCUGAUAUCACUAAUGAGCCACCCAAAAUGUUACAGGAAAUGCCCAGGAAUGCCAGCUGUAGGGAAGGCGAUUCUAUAAUGCUUGAGUGCUUGAUAUCGGGGGAGCCCCAGCCUGUAGUCACGUGGUUUCAUAACGGUGUUCUUAUAAAGCAGAACCAAAAGUUUGAGGUCGAAAAGGUGAAUUAUAGCCAUAGGUUGUAUGUCAAUGAUGUCAAUUCAGAAGAUUCUGGAAGAUAUGAAUGUAUGGCUGAAAAUGAUUCAGGCAUAGCCGAGAGCAUUUUAGAUUUAACCGUAGAACCCAUCACUUCUAGGGAAUACAGCCAACUGGAAAGUAUCAGUGGAACCUUUGCACAGUAUUCUAAAUCUCAGCAAGCCCAAGUUCAGGAGGAAUCUGUAAGGACACAUUUUUAUGAUAAUCCAGUUGGUCCUUUUGCCGCCCAACCAGAUGUAAAAGAAUAUACUGUCAGGGAGUAUUUUCAAAGCCUUGAGACAGUUGGGCAGGUGGAUAAGAGAAACGAAGUAUACUGUACCACUUCCAGUGAGAAGCUAUUCAGAUCUACGCAGGGCACCUCUAGACCCACAGGCAUGGAUAAACCUCACAGGGCAGAAUUGCUACAAUACCAAGAUGAGGCAUGUGUAAGUGAAACCUCUCAACCACAGAGAGCGGAGGAUGCUGUUUCUCCAUUUGUUGCUGUCGGCAAAGCUAGUGUUAGAAAAGAAGUCGGAGAUGACUUUGGAAAUCGUGGACCAGAACGGGGAACUACGCAAGGGCAUUCGCCAAGCGAUUAUAUGUUGAAUAUCCACACUAAGAGAACCUCUGAUGCUGUUGAGGAUAUGGAAGCUUCACCUGUCACUACCUAUGAAGAAGCCCUUGGAGGAGAGAGGUACUACCCAGGGAAGAAGGUGAGGCAUAAGAUCAUUGCGUUCGAAAAGCUGCAGCGUGCAGAAAAGGGAGUUCUAGAAAAAAGGCGGACCAAGAAAUCUUUUGUUACUGCCCCACAGAAGAAGCUGGACGAUAUCAAGGUUUCUGUACAGCAAAGAGAAUCAGGCUCGGGCAAUCUGAGAGUAAAUAUGCAUCAGGCAGAGGAAAUGUCUUCACACACAGAAGCAGAUUCCACUAACAUUGUGAUGGAUUUGAAGCAGCUUUCCCAUCAAGCUCCUGAGGAAUUUGGAAUAGAAGAGAGGGAACAGCAGGAGGAAAAACACCCUUUAAAUCAAGCCAUAGCUUCAGAAAAGGGUGAGCUCGAAGCACCUGUUACAUUUGACCUCAGGCAGUUUCACUCACAGAUAGACAGUUCAGGCAUAAAAUCCCAAGACCUGGCCAAUGGUCAACAAGAUCAAAGCUCUUUAAGAACUCAACAACGUACAUCAGAAAUGGUUAGUCCUGAAGACAUUGUCUUUGAUCUAAAGCAAAUGUAUUCUCACGUAGAAGAUCCAGGCAAGGUAUUCCAGGAGCAAGAAACUGAGAACAAACAGGAAGCACACCCCAAAGAAGAAACUCCGGUCUGCCAAAGCUUUCAAUAUGGACAGGAACCGAACCCUGCAGUUUCAAAAACCGAUCACUCGCUUAAGUCUUUUUCUGAAACGGUGCAUGGUGAAUCGUGGUCUUUAUUUCAGACUUCACCAGCUGACACGGGAGAAGCUAACAUUUCUGAGAAAAAUGGUUCUCUAGGAGAUGAAUUUAGUUUCAUUUCUCAGUUGAAAAGGGCGGCGAGUGAGGAGGAACGUUUGGAGGUUCCUGAGAUGGAAGAGAGUUCCACCUCAGGACCAGCAUGUGGUGUGGCUCAGGGAUACAACGGAACUCUGGAAGACCCCAGAGGGGACGUUCAGGGGGCAGCCGAGCCUCACAGACAGCUCUCUCUCAGUCAGUGCUUGCCGUUCUUAAUGACUGGAGAACAGCAGGACCUAAAUGAGCAAAGAAAGGAAACAACUGAGACCCCAGGAGAAGAAACCUACCAUGAAGUUCAUGUUCAGAACGAAAGCUCUUUCUCUCCCGUGGAAGGAGAAAAGGUAGAAACUUGUUUUCCUGAAUGUCUUCCUAAGGAGGCCCAAACAACUGAAGAGGGGGCGUCUGAGAGCUCCCUAACACAGUACUUACUUGCUGCGGGAAAGGAUGAGGUGCCGGAGGUUAGAGACACCAACCGCAAGGCAGAACUUGUCCAGAGUGUGUCGGUCACCUCCAUGGAGGUUGAAGAAGUAACUUUCAGCACUGUGUAUGAAUAUUACAACCAGAAACAGGAAUCCCUAGGACGGCCCUAUUCCCCCGAGUCGGAUGUUUCUAUUGAUGUGGGAAGUACAAGCAGUGAGGAGCUGCCUGAGUUAGAUCAGUUCUAUAGCCCGCCGUCAUCUGUGGAGCAUCUGGAGUCUCCAAAGUCUCCCGAUUUGUAUUUUAAACCUUCAGGGGUAACUGAGCAAUCCUUAGCAAAUCCAAGAGGUGAGCCCCUGGAGAGAGAUUCCACUGCUUUAGAGGAAAAUGGCGAAAGGUACUCCACACCUUCUGAAGGUGAAAUACCAGAAAGAUAUUCCACACCAUCAGGGGAGGCUCUAGAGAGGUAUUCUACUCCCCCAGGGGAGGCCCUGGAGAGAUAUUCCACUCCCCCAGGGGAGGCUCUAGAGAGGUAUUCUACUCCCCCAGGGGAGGCCCUGGAGAGAUAUUCCACUCCCCCAGGGGAGGCUCUGGAGAGAUUCUCCACUCCUCCAGGGGAGGCUCUAGAGAGGUAUUCUACUCCCCCAGUGGAGGCUCUGGAGAGAUUCUCCACUCCUCCAGGGGAGGCUCUAGAGAGGUAUUCUACUCCCCCAGGGGAGGCUCUAGAGAGAUACUCCACUCCUCUAGGAGAGAGACUAGAGAGAGAUUUUAUUCCUACUAGAGGACCAAACCAUAGUAGAAAUGUAAGCAUGAACCUGUCAAAAAUAGAGAGGGAAGACAGCACACCAAACGAACAUUUCCAUACACCUACAGAAGAGAGGAGUUCCUCUUCCGAAAUAUGGCGUUCAGAUUCAUUCGGCACACCUAGUGAAGCCAUCGAACCCAAAGACAAUGAAACACCUCCAUCUUUUAUUGAACCGCUAAGCAGAAGGAAGAUCUAUGAAAACACAACUUUAGGCUUCAUCGUUGAAGUUGAGGGUCUCCCGGCCCCCGGUGUGAAAUGGUAUAGGAAUAAAUCUUUGCUGGAGCCGGAUGACAAAAUCAAGAUGGAAAGGGUGGGCAAUGUGUGGUCUUUAGAAAUUUCUAACGUCCGAAAAGGAGAUGGGGGAGAGUACAUGUGCCAUGCGGUCAACAUCAUCGGGGAGGCGAAAAGCUUUGCAAAUGUAGACGUCAUACCCCAAGAGGAAAGGGCUGUGGCUCUCCCACCACCAGUGAUGCACCAACACGUCAUGGAGUUUGACCUGGAAAACGCCAGCUCCUCAAGAACACCGUCCCCUCAAGAGAUUGUCCUGGAGGUGGAAUUAAGUGAGAAAGAUGUGACGGAAUUUGAGAGGCAGGUGAAGAUCGUUACAGUCCCUGAAUUUACUCCCGACCAUAAGAGCAUGAUUGUGAGUUUAGAUAUCCUUCCGCGGCAUCUAGUAGAUCCCAGCCUGGCGUCCCGAGGGGAAGAAGGCACCGAUUUUAACAUUGAUUUAGAAGCCUUUGAAAUGCCUCCUCGUUUUAUAACACCGAUCUGUGAUUUUAAGAUUCCAGAAAACUCCGAUGCCGUAUUCAAAUGUUCCGUCAUAGGCAUCCCUACGCCAGAAGUCAAAUGGUAUAAGGAGUACAUGUGCAUUGAGCCGGAUGGCAUGAAGUAUGUCAUCAGUGAGGAGAAAGGCAGACAUAGCCUUAAAAUCAGAGACAUCAGCCCUUCAGACAGUGCGACAUACAGGUGCAGAGCUCUGAACAGCGCAGGAGAAGCCAUCUGCCGAGGCUUCCUCAUCAUGGGAGACUCUUGCUCUGGGUCACCAGUCUCUGCGGUGACCCCAAGGACAAGCAAAGUGACUUUAAGCAGUCAGAAGGAGGAAUUACUCUUAAGGAACAAAUACGCAGACAGUUUUUUUGAAUUCCAGGUGGUAGAGGGCCCUCCCAGGUUUAUCAAAGGUGUCUCAGAUUGUCAUGCUCCUUUAGGGACAGCGGCGUAUUUCCAGUGUUUAGUUCGUGGUUCUCCGAGACCCACAGUCUCUUGGUACAAGGAUGGAAAAUUGGUCCAAGGAUCAAGGUUCAGUGCUGAGGAAAGUGGCAUAGGGUUCCACCAUCUGUUCAUAACAGGCUUACUGAAAAGUGAUGGGGGAGAGUAUAGCUGCGUAGCUACGAACAAUUCAGGAGAGGCUAGGAGCUCGGCCGUCCUCACCCUUUCUUAAAGUGGGAUUUCUCAGCGCCUCAGGCACUGUCAGUAUCUAUGGAUUAGCAACCUUCCAGAUGUAACCUUUAUAUUUGGAUCGUGACCACGAAGCCCCUGGAGAUGUGGUCUUUCUGUGCAGAAAUCUCAUCUUUAUAUUUAUAUCUAAAUAUUCUGUGGUCUGAACACAGAAACCAUCACUGUGUCAGUUACACUGUGUGUUCCAUCCAGCACAAUUAAACACCUCUG